AUGGCCGUUCGGCUUCCUUCGGAGAUCGACCUCUCCAAUGCCUUUCCAGACAACGCGGACAACAAAGAAGUCUACCUCCAAGCUGCUGGCCUCACCAAGGACUACCAAGCACGCGGAGGCCAAGGCGAUCGCCACGUCGUUCUGUGCUGGGACAACACUCGCCGCGGCCUCCCGAUCGAAGUAUCGCAGAUGAUUCAUCUGAAAGGGAGCUUUGGCGAGUGGCAUCUCGAGAUAAGCGUUAGGCAGCAAGUAUCUGGCGCUGCGAAGGACAACACGCGCUACGGACUUGGAACGUUCACCUGUGCCCAGCGCGACCGUGUGCUCGCUCUGGCCAAGGAAAUCGAGUUCGAUGACAAGUCGCGUGUGAACACCUGCCGCGUCUGGACGCGCGACUUGCUCGAGGCUAUGGCCGCAGAUCCCACUUUGCCACUAUCUCAGGAGCGGUUUGAAGAAGUUGACCGCGAGGUCCCGCUUCUUCUUCGAAAGCCUGAGGCCUAG